AUGGACGUCUCUCACAUUCGGUGCCCCACCGGCCACCACCUCCGAUGUCUUCAAUUAAAUGGCUUACUUAGCAAAUAUUGUUUCCUGGCUAGCAAAGUUGAUUUUGAUAUAUGUUUCAUUGAAUAUUUGACUAAAAAAGGCAAUCAAUCAGGCAUGCGUUUUACCAUCUUCAAGUGGCUAAGAAGAGGUUAUACGGGCCACAAAACGAAGCGUUAGAUAGAGGACCCGAUACACAAAACAGGAAAAAAAAUACCAAUGCUGGUGUCUCAAUUCGAAUGAAAACAUCAAAAAAGAACAACAAUAUGUGGAUGAUGUUAUGGGGUUUAUGAUAAUGAAGACAUAGAAUAAAGUAUAGUUAGUUUGUCUAUUAAACUUCAUGAUGUUCUUAUUGUUUUAUCGGAUUUAUUGUUAAAGUUGGAUGAAGAUGUUGAUUUAGUGUGUUAUGUAGUUUGGAACUAUGGAUUCUGUC